AUGUCGGACAUGGCGGCCCCUGUCUGCUCCUUCACGAGCGACUCGUCGGAGUGCUACACUGCAUCGUGGUACCUCAUCUGGGAUCAAGUACGCUAUUGGCUACUCGUGCAAGUACCCCUUCUUGCUUUCUCGAUUGGCUACGAGUGGCUCGAAGUGCCUUCGCUCAAAUACAUCGAGCAGCUCCGGAAAAUCUGUGACUCUCCGCUGACAAACGUCGUGAACUACCUCGUACAAAUUGUCACCAGCUUCUAUGUCUGCAUCAACUGGAUCGUACGUGGUGGGUCACUGAGCGUGAGCUUCUCGUCGUGGUCGAUUGAAUCGUUGUUCCUGAUUGCUACUGGAGUUGGCUAUGGGAUUCGAUGGUUGGCGGCCAAAAACAAAGUGACGUACGUGCUGCAGCUGCACAAUCUAUUCGACUUGCUGUCGGUGGUAGCCCAUUUCACAAUCUCGCUCCAGACGAUUGUAGUGGGGAACAAACACCUUCGGUCGUGGUUGGAUUUUGGCUUCAUCCGGUCGUACGUGGGAUACGUGGUCGUCGAUCAUUUGUUCACGCGGUAUCCGAACAAAACGUUCUUCUCGCAAGUGCUGCUUGUGACGUUCAAAGUAUUUUGUCUUGUCUUUUUCUUCGCUGCCGUGCUCUUCUCGCUUGAACAGCUUGGAGAGUUGCCACAUACCGACAGUUUCUUGCUCCAUGUGUACGAAUGCAGCAAUGCGGAUGGUACUGAGACGAUCUUGAGGCCAACAAAGACGAGCGUCGAUGAGUUCUCGUACUGUGAAGAGACUUGGAGUUUUUUCUCGUCCAUUUACUUCAUGUUCGUGACCGUGUCCACUGUCGGUUACGGUGACUUCUCGCCACAGACGGUGCUGGGACAGUUUACUGUCUGUAUUGUCAUCGUGUUUGGUAUUUACACCUUUGCGAAUGAAUCAGCCGCCUUCAUGGCGCUCUACGGCGAUCGACAUGGGACUUUGGUACGGUACACCGGAAUGAAAAAUACAGCUCACGUGAUCGUAACUGGAAGCCCGACUGUCGCUCAGACGAAGGAUUUCAUUCGCGAGUUUUUUCACCCAGAUCAUGAGAAGGCAUUCCAGGGUCGCGAAAGUGGUAGUGACGAUGACCACAACGAAGUAUACAAACCCGUGGAUGAGCAGCGCUUUACAAAAGUCUUUCGUUCGUGUUUUGGGAUCCCGUUGAAAAAUUACGCUCGAUACGGUAGCAUACAUGAAGACUAUGCUGCGAUGGAAGGAGGAAAAACAAUUAAGAACGAUGAGAACCGAUUCGUCACGCCUCUUGUUUCGCAAUGGAGGCAUCGAAGGGGGAGCUUGAUUCGUGAAACGCAUAUUGUGAUGCUCAUGCAGUUCGACGAAGCAGAAGGAGAUGGUUCCUGUUACCAGCGGGAGGUGAUGGACUUUGUAGAGCGGGAUCCCCGGUAUCAAAAGCGUGUGUUCCUCGUUCACGGGUCUCCACUACGAGAGGCUGACUUGAAGAACGCUCAGCUGGAUCGUGCGAUGGCUGUAUUCUUUCUACCAAACAAAAACUCCGACAAUGGAAACAAGGAAGACGCUGCUACGGUGUUACAUGUCCUAUCGGUAUCUCAGCACAAACAAGAGCAUACACAGUUAUAUGCAAUGCUAGCCAACUUCAACAAUCGGACGCUUCUGGAGGCCACGGGGCUGAGAAAUGAGAACCUGGUUUGUGCAGACGAAAUUCGUUUGGGUUUGAUGGGACUUAGUUGCCGAUGCCCGGGUCUUUCAACUGUGGUGACGAACCUGAUCACAAGCCGAAGUAGCGAAAUUCCCGGAGUCGCUCCGGAUCAGACUCAUCUGUUGAGACCAUGGGUCUCCGAAUACGUAUCCGGAGCUGCAAACGAGAUUUAUUCCUGCUAUAUGGCAAAGCACUUUCAUGGCAUGAAUUUCGUUCAGGCGACCCUACAUAUCCACCGCCAGUCAAAUGGGUUAGUGCUUCUGAUUGCUGUCGAGUCUGGUGGAGAGAUUGCGAUUAAUCCUGGUCGUUGGUAUCGCAUAGCGCCAACCACCAAAGCCUACUUGAUUGCUGAAUCAGUAUGUUCUCUCGAGCCAUUUGCUGGUACGCCGACAAUGACCAGCGUCGCUGCGUUAUCUUUGAACAUGAGCUUCCUACGCAAUCGCGGUAACUUGAUCCGUCGAGCACGUCAUGCACAACACAACGUUGAACGACGAAUUCCUAAAGAGGUCCGAGCACGCGUUAUGCGAUCCGCGGUUGGCGAUGGUUCACGUCAGUUCCCGUCACCACCGUCACAAGAGUUGCCCAGUUCCGGUGGCCACAUUGUCGUUUGCAGUAACUUUGGCAAUGAGAGUGGAGGACAGCAGUUUGUGUCUCGUCUAGUGAAUUUCUUGCGACCACUUCGAGCCCCACAUGUUGAGCGAAUGGUUCCUGUUGUUAUUGUGGAUGCAGGUGCUUUUGACAGCGUAUCAUGGCAUCAGCUGCGAGGCUUUCGGGAGGUGUACCACGUGCAAGGGUCACCCCAACGCCAUCACGUUCUUGUCGCUGCUGGCAUAUAUACAGCCUCCUCCAUUGUCGUGCUGGCGCAAGGCAAUGAAGCUGGCUACGAUGACUCGAAGGCAAUUUUCAACGCCAUUUUGCUAAGCCCGGCGCUACAGCGCAACCGGAUCUUCACGAUUAUUGAGCUCCGGGAUGCCAAAAACAACAAGUUCUUGGACCCUGUGUCCACGUUUGGUUUGUCACGCAGAAUUCGUGGAGAUGAUUUUGCGCGGAACACUGCUGGAGGAUAUGACGUGAAGUCACGUCCAUCGAGCUGUCACAGUCCUCUUUCGUCUGCACCACGUGGAAGUGCGUAUCUCUACCGGUCUUCCGCUGUCGCUAGAAAGCAGAAUUGGGUGCAACGCAAAACAUCGGCGGCGAAGCACGUAUUUCUCGCAAUGCAGACCUUUUUCCUAGGCCGUUUGAAAACUGCUGCACAACAAGUGAGCACGUUUGGCACUGAAUUAGACAGCGGUUCCAGCGCAACCAUCGAGGAGCUUUACACCGGUGACAACAGCGAGAUUUUUUUCCAAGAGCGAUUCAUGAAUGGCGCGUUGUUUCCUUCUUGCGUCGCGGACGAUCUGUUGAUACAGAGCUUUUUCAAUCCGUCGCUGAAUACGUUCAUUCGCAAAAUUCUCGAUGGAAAGAGCUGCUUUGUGUUGUACGAGGUUCCACAAGAACUUCGUGGGCGACAACUAAUGUAUGGAGAGCUCUUUGAGCACAUGACAUCCGGGGUGGCGCAUACUUUGCCGAUCGGGCUACUGCGAGUAAAAGGUGGUCCUGGAGCUGCACCCUAUCCGUAUGUUUACACGUGCCCGUCGUCCGAUACGAUUGUGCAUGCUGGCGACAAGAUCUUCGCACUGAUAAACGUAAUGGCCCUAGAUCGUCUAGCGAACAAAUUACAGCGUCGCUUUCGAAAACGCGACAAGCCGUCAAGGACGCUGCCAGACUUGGUAGAAAAGUUUAGUCAGUGA